AUGGCCGCGAAGCUGAUCGAUAGACGAUUCCACAAUGUCCCAGGCAAACUUCGGGUGGCCGAGCUGUUCUUCGACGUCCCCGUAGACUACAGCAAACCCAACGAGGACAAGCUGAGGCUCUUUGCCCGUAGUGUCAGUCGGUUGAACAAGCCCGUUGAGGCGCAGAAGGAGGAAACUAAACUUCCCUGGCUACUUUACCUGCAAGGUGGACCGGGACAUGGAUGCGCUGCCCCGCAGAAUUACGGCUGGAUUGAACCGGUGCUGAACAAGGGGUACCAAAUUCUCUUCCUGGACCAACGUGGAACCGGUCUUAGCUCAACCAUCACGGCGGGCACUCUCGCUCUCCAGGGUGACGCCAUUAAACAGGCGGAGUAUCUCAAGAACUUCCGUGCGGACAAUAUUGUUCGUGACUGCGAGGCGGUUCGUCAUUGUCUGACGAAAGACUACCCCGCGGACCAGCGCAAAUGGAGUGCCGUGACUCGUGCUCUUCCUCUGCUUAUUCCAGCGUGGCUACUGACAUUCUUGCUGUACCACAGCCCGGAAGGUCUGAAGGAAGCAUUUAUCACUGGCGGACUCGCUCCGCUGGUCGACGGGCCAGACCCAGUCUACCAGCGAACCUACGAAAAGGUGGAAGAGAGAAACACGGCGUACUACGCCAAGUUCCCCGAAGACGUUGAACGCGUGAAGAAUAUCAUACAAUAUCUGAAGGAGAACAGACCGGCUUUGCCCUCCGGAACGCUCACCCCUGCUCGAUUCCAGCAGUUAGGCAUCGUAUUUGGGUUGCAUGAUAUCGUCGUGCGAGCCACCAAUGACCUAGAGGUGUUCGGCGCCCUCACUUACCCGACUCUAUGUACAAUUGACGGCUAUGGUGGCUACGACAAGACAAUCCUCUAUGCUGUCCUGCAUGAAGCGCUCUAUUGUCAAGGACGACCAUCUCUUUGGUCUGCGGACAGACAACGGGCCGGCAAUGCACGCUUUCAACUAGACUCGGAGCCGGCUGAGAUUUUCUUUACUGGCGAGAUGGUAAUGGCCUCCGCCCAUGCUUCUAUGUUUGUUUCUAACUUCUUUUUGCUUCUCCAGAUCUACAAGGACAUGUUCGAGUCGUACACGGAACUCAAGCAAGUGUGGGAGGCUGCCGAUAUCAUCGCCAGAGUUGACAACUGGCCCGCCCUCUAUGACGAAGCGCAGCUUGCCAGGAACGAGGUACCGGUCUAUGCUGCAACUUAUUUCGAUGACAUGUUCGUCCACUUUGAUCUGGCGACGAAUACUGCCUCCCGGAUCAACGGGACCAAGCAGUUUAUUACCAAUACCAUGUACCAUGAUGCCCUGCGCAGCAAGUCUGGCGAUGUGAUCCAGCAGCUCUUUAAUCUGAGGGAUGAUUCGUUAGACUAG